AUGUCGGCCAGUGCCACUCCCACUCCUACGAGUACCCAGAGCAAGGGAGGUUCUGGUCCCAGCUCGCCACUGCUGUUUUUCGUCGCCCUUGGUUUCGGUGUCGUCUUCACCAACUUAUGGAUUAUCGUCGGUGUAAAAUACUGCUUCAGAUACAAUCAACGUAACCGACAGCGCAUGAAUGGAGAAGAUCCCGAUGGAGUCGACCUCGGCGCCAUGCCUCGCCAACAUCGUCGCAGGCGCGAAAAGAGGUUGAUGACGAUGGACGAAGUCAAUGAAAAGUUUCCUUUGAUUAAAUACAAAACUUGGCGCUCCAAUCGAGCCGACGAAGGGUUGCCCACUGCAGGAGGUAUUACAACAGCUUCAAGACCAGCCUCCAGACCGACUUCAAGACCGGCUAGUAUAUCCAAUCAUCCAACGGAUAUCAAGGAUGGAGGUGAGACUAGCGAGUCUAAGGAAGUCAUGGACGCGCAUACCGCCACGACCGCAGACGAUGACUCUGUUCGGCUUGAACAUGGAAAUCCCGAAAUUGUAGCAGAGAAAAGCGCUGCUGAUGCUCCUCGGCCGGCAACUCCGCCACCACCCAAGUCCAGUCAAUCGACAGUGGCUCCUGAAACUCCCAUCCACAAAAUCACCACGAAUGACGAGGAGGAGGAUGAGGAGCCGAUACAAACUGCCGUGCCUGCUGAGCAAUUGCCGGAUCCUGGCGAUGCUUGUGCUAUUUGUAUUGAUACCAUCGAAGAUGAUGAUGAUAUCCGUGGUCUACACUGCGGUCAUGCAUUCCAUGCAUCUUGCGUCGAUCCCUGGCUGACUUCGCGCCGGGCAUGCUGUCCUCUUUGCAAGGCCGACUAUUAUGUUCCCAAACCUCGUCCAGAAGGUGCAAAUGUCGACGGAUUUGCCAGAAAUGGUGCCCACGUCGACUUGCAACAGCCACCCGGCGCUUUCUCCCUCAUUGGAAAUGGUCGACCCGGUAGACGACCGGCAAUGAUCAUUCCCGGGCGAUUCAUGAGCAUUGUCUACCAUGACCGCGACCGACACGGUUUUCCCGUUGUCGAACGUGCCGGGAGACCCGGUCAUGCAGAACGUGAACGGCGACGACAACGGCAAAGAAUGGCCACUGCUACCAGCACUGUUCAGGAAGGGCAGUCUGCGCCACCUAGCCUUUUUGCGAGGAUUCGCUAUGCUAUGCCUGGUCGGACCCAAGCGGCUCAACCGCAAAACUCAGCUAUCCCAGCAGCUGAGUCUCAGCCCACACCUUCGCAGCUUGAAGCUGGGAGAUGA